GGCGGGGCCUGUUGAAGGAAGAAGCGCCGUUUUUUCCUGCCGUGAUGAGGAUGAUGAGGAUGAUGAGGAUGACAGAAACCGACGGUACCGGCACAUGAGCCGCUCCUCUUUUCUCUGCACACACCAAACCGGACUGGACCUUCACUGCAUAUUCAAAUAAAAACCUUCAGACCUCCAGAAUACGCAGUACACAGAGUGAGUACUCAUAGAUCCAGAAACUUGAAUGUCGGGCGUUAACACACAGAUCAGUCGUAUGAUGGAGACGGAGAUCCACGUGCCGGUGGGGUCACCGGCGAUCAGAAAAUUCCCGAUCUUCGUGGACGAGCACAACGUGACGGAGGGGGCGAUGCAGCUGAUCCAAGAGCUCAGACCGCGCUGGGACCCGAACCUGAUCCGGACUAAGCUUUUCACCGAUGGCACAACUAACAAACUGGUGGGGUGUUAUGUGGAGGACUGCCUCGAGGAUGUGGUGCUGGUAAGGGUGUACGGCAACAAGACCGAGCUGAUCGUAGACCGAGACAAUGAACUGAAGAGCUUCCAGGUUCUGCACGCCAACGGUUGCGCGCCCCGACUUUACUGCUCCUUCCAGAAUGGCAUCUGCUACGAGUUCAUACAAGGACGUGCUCUGGAUACUCAAGACGUCAGGGACCCUGUGUUACUCAGACUGAUCGCACGAGAAAUGGCCCGCAUUCACGCCAUCCACGCACACAACGGCUGCAUCCCCAAACCCAACCUGUGGAUCAAAAUGCGCAAGUACUUCUCGCUGGUGGCCACUGAGUUCACAGACCAAGCAUCUAAUGUCAGGCUUUUCACCGAUGGCACAACUAACAAACUGGUGGGGUGUUAUGUGGAGGACUGCCUCGAGGAUGUGGUGCUGGUAAGGGUGUACGGCAACAAGACCGAGCUGAUCGUAGACCGAGACAAUGAACUGAAGAGCUUCCAGGUUCUGCACGCCAACGGUUGCGCGCCCCGACUUUACUGCUCCUUCCAGAAUGGCAUCUGCUACGAGUUCAUACAAGGACGUGCUCUGGAUACUCAAGACGUCAGGGACCCUGUGUUACUCAGACUGAUCGCGCGUGAAAUGGCCCGCAUUCACGCCAUCCACGCACACAACGGCUGCAUCCCCAAACCCAACCUGUGGAUCAAAAUGCGCAAGUACUUCUCGCUGGUGGCCACUGAGUUCACAGACCAAGCAUCUAAUGUCAGACCUAUUAAAGCCAUUCGAAACCACUUUUUUCUUACUACAAAUCAACCCCUCUUGCUUUUUUCAGGUCAUGUUCGGUUUAUCGAUUAUGAAUACUCAAGUUACAACUACCAAGCAUUUGACAUUGGAAACCAUUUUAAUGAAUUUGCAGGCAUGAGUGAACCCGACUAUAACCUUUAUCCCAGUCAAGAAAUGCAGUUGGACUGGUUGCACACUUAUUUGCAGGCCUACAAGCUCUUUACCAAGAAAGGUGAAGAGGUGAGCCAGCGUGAACUGGAGACACUCUAUGUACAGGUCAACAAAUUUGCUCUGGCUUCACAUUUCUUCUGGGGUUUCUGGGCCCUGAUCCAAGCCAAGUACUCCACAAUUGAGUUUGACUUCCUUGGGUAUGCCGUGCUACGUUUCAAUCAGUACUUCAAGACCAAACCUGCUGUAAUGGCCCUGGAGAUCCCCAAAUGAGACGUUAAGUUUUGAGAGGACAGUGCUGGUAUCUGUUGACCUCAUCGUUGACCGUUUGACUAUGGAAUCAGAGGCCUUUUUAGUCAGGGAAGGGUAUGGGGUGCAGCAGGGGUAAGCACUGGGACCUCUUAUGAUUGGUUGACAACUUGUCUGCCAAGUCGUAGUUCCACAAAUUCUUGAUUCC